AUGUGUGGCUACUACGGAAACUACUAUGGAGGACGUGGCUAUGGAGGCUGUGGCUAUGGAAGCCUAGGCUGUGGUUAUGGAAGCCUAGGCUGUGGCUAUGGCUCCUGCUAUGGCUCUGGUUACCGUGGUCUGGGAUGUAGUUAUGGCUGUGGCUAUGGCUCUGGCUAUGGUUGUGGCUAUGGCUCUGGCUAUGGUUGUGGCUAUGGCUCUGGCUAUGGUUGUGGCUAUGGCUCUGGCUAUGGCUGCUAUUCUGGCAAUAGAUGUGGCUCUGGAUUUGGCUGUGGCUUUGGCUACUACUGA